AAAAUCAAAGCAAAAUACAAAGAUAUGGAUGGAAGGCGACAAAAGUGAUGAUAUUUCAUUUGGCAGCGCAUUGCAAUUUGCAGACACCACAAAUAAACAAGAGGAGAUCAAGCGGUACGCGUGGGUUAUAUUAGCAACAGAACCAGACGCGUUAAAACGGAAUCGCCGAGAAGGGAACUUGUUGUGAUUACGAUCCAACAGUAUUACCAAUGGCUCUGGAGGCAUGGUUUAUGGAUGAGAGUAAUGAAGAUCAACAGCUUCCUCAUCACCGUAACCCCAAACAGUUGGUGUCAUUAGACUACUUGGCAGAUUUAGGGGUGCUGUACUGGCGCUUGAAUCCAAACGAUUAUGAGAACGAUGAGGAAUUGCGGAAGAUAAGAGAAGCUAGAGGAUACAAUUAUAUGGAUUUGCUUGAUUUGUGCCCAGAAAAAGUUGCUAACUAUGAGGAGAAAGUGAAGAACUUUUACACGGAACACAUACAUGCUGAUGAGGAGAUACGCUAUUGCUUAGAAGGGAGUGGAUAUUUUGAUGUUAGAGACAAAGAGGACCAGUGGAUUCGGAUCUGGAUUAAAGCUGGUGAUCUUAUAAUUUUGCCGGCUGGAAUUUACCAUCGGUUUACUCUCGACACCAACAAUUAUGUUAAGUUGAUGAGGCUGUUUGUGGGAGAACCAGUAUGGACAGCAUAUAAUCGGCCUCAGGAAAAUCAUCCUGCAAGAAAGGAGUACAUCAAGGGUUUGACUUGGAAACUUGGAGUGCCACUAGAAGCUCAUUAGAUUUAAGGAUACUUGGGUGUUUACUUCUAUGUAUGCAUACCUAUUGUCUAUGUACUGCCUUAAUGGCUGAAUGAUUGUGUCAUAUGAUGCACCUGAUUCAUCUGAUCAAAUGUAUAUGUGCUUGAGACAUUGAUGAAUAUGGAACAUAUAACAUAGCAUGUAAUUGAAAUAAUUAGUCUUUAAUGAUGGUAUACUAUUGUAUGAUCUGUAUUA